UGAUGUGAAAGACAGAAGAAGAAAAAAGAAAAAGAUAAGAAAGAAGGCCAUUGUCUUUUUGAUAAUGCCAAGUUAGCUACCCACUCUUUACAUAAAUAAAAGCAUCAACUCUUGUCUUCUCUCAUUCACAUUCUCUCUUAUUAUUUUUCCCAAAUAUUAUCUCCUCCCAAUUCCCAUCAUCCCACCAUCUCCCACCUCAAAAUCUCCAAAAGUCAGCGCCUUCUUUUGUCUCUUUUUCCUCUGUAGCAGAAGAAGCGAAGCAAAAAGGGUUGGAAGCUUUGCAAGACAGAAUUUUUUUUUUAAAAGAAUGGCAGAGGAUUGGGAUCUCCAAGCGGUGGUCAGAGGCUGCUGCUCCACCGCUUCCUGCAGCUCCACCGCCGCUACAACCACCGCAGCAACAUCCGGCCUGGAAACUCCUCCUCAGCAAGGUCAACAAGAUUGCAGCUUUUUCAGCAGUCUUCAAGAUCUGUUCUUUAUUGAAAGCCAGCAAGAUCAGCUUCAUGAUUUGUACAGACCUUUCUUCCCCAAUUCGUCCUCUCCGCCGCCGCCGCCGCCGCCGCAGCCUCUUUCUCCGGCUCAGAAGACUGCCAAAAAUACCCCAAUCUCGCCGCUAUCUGUUCUUGGUGGAUUACAAGAUCUGUCUCAACAGCAACACCAACUAUUACAGCCAAUCAAAAAGGAACAGCAAAUAUGUCAAAAACCCAUAAAGCAGAGUAAUAGUAGUAUUCCUAUUACUUUUUCCAUGGCUUCUGCUACGACAGCUGGCACUACUAGAACUUGCGGUCCUCCAAGCCACAGGUCUAAAAGAAGGAAGAACCAGUUGAAGAGAGUUUGCCAAGUACCUGCGGAAGCUCUGUCUUCAGAUUCUUGGUCUUGGAGGAAAUAUGGACAAAAACCCAUCAAAGGCUCUCCAUAUCCAAGGGGUUAUUACCGGUGCAGCACAUCAAAGGGUUGUAUGGCCAGAAAACAAGUGGAGCGACACAGAUCCGACCCGGGAAUGUUCAUCGUGACUUACACAUCCGAGCACAACCACCCAAUGCCAACCAACCGGAACACCGUCGCCGGAAACAGUCGCAAUAAGCCGUCAAGCCCGCCUCAGGCCACCAACUCCGGCGAACCCGCUAAAUCCUCCAGCUCCCCUCCGGUGUCGCCGUCGGCCAGCCUAAAUUCGGCGCCGGAGAAGUUCGAGAUAGAGAGCAGCAGCAAAGAUGAUAUCCUGGAAGAUGAAGAUGAUGAUGCAGUAAAUGGAUACGAAAUGGACGUUAUUGAUGAUGAUUUCUUUAAAGGGUUGGAAGAAUUCGCCGGGAAUUCAGAUGAUAGCAGCUUCCCGGAUCACUUCAGUAUGCAAUUUCCAUGGUUGACGGCGAAUAAUGCAACCACAGCCGCCGCAACGGCGGCUGCCAGCCGAGGUUGAUUCAAUCACCGGAGCAGAAAAAUGAGCUAAAAAAGAAUGAUGCUUUUCUUCUCAAUCACUCUUGCUAGGAGUAUCUUUUUGUCCGUUGGAGAGAUGAGAAAAAGAGUGGAAAAAAGAAGAAUCUUUGAGAUAGAGAUUCCAGAGACUUACAGUUGUGUAGAUUGGUAAAUUAGUAAAUUCCCUGUCAACUUUUAGGUUUAGGUGUACUUUGAUACUUUUCAUCUUUGGAAAAUAUCAAUUCAGUUCAUUAGCUUGAAUAGUUGAUUAGUUUUGAGCCCUAUCCUAUAAUAGUCAUUAAAUUCCAAAUUACAAGUCAACAUGUGAAUUUUCUAUAGGUAAAACAAUUAAAGAUUUUUCAUGUGAAUUUUCUAUACUAUAGAAAGUAGUAGUAUAAUUUCACUUGGCAAAACUAUUUUGCUUUUAUAAAAUAUCAUGUGUCACUGUGAAUUCGACGAUGUAAGAAGACGUUUAUGUGUGAUUUAUCACAAGUGAUAUACUGAAUUGGAACUUUUUCAAUAUGAGAAUAAAAGAUGCUCAAAGUAAGUAUCAUCUUCAUUUUUGAUAUUUCUAUUUCCCUUUCAAUUAGUCCGU